AUGAACUAUGAAAUGGCACACCUGCUCUGCUCUUAUUCCUCUUCCUUCCCCCCACCCCAAUUUCUCGCCAGUUCUCCCACCCAGCCGUCGCUCUUGCUCCUAUCCCGCCGUAUCCUCUCCCUCACUACCCACCUUCACCUCUCCUAUUCACCUCACAGUCACUCAGCCCCACCCCGCAAUCUCCUCUUCCUUACCUCCCCUCCGUCGCCUCUCCCUCCUCCCCGAUGUCGCCUCUCCCUCCUCCCCGCCGUCGCCUCUCCCUCCUCCCCGCCGUCGCCUCUCCCUCCUCCCCGCCGUCGCCUCUCCCUCCUCCCCGCCGUCGCCUCUCCCUCCUCCCCGCCGUCGCCUCUCCCUCCUCCCCGCCGUCGCCUCUCCCUCCUCCCCGCCGUCGCCUCUCCCUCCUCCCCGCCGUCGCCUCUCCCUCCUCCCCGCCGUCGCCUCUCCCUCCUCCCCGCCGUCGCCUCUCCCUCCUCCCCGCCGUCGCCUCUCCCUCCUCCCCGCCGUCGCCUCUCCCUCCUCCCCGCCGUCGCCUCUCCAUCCUCCCCGCCGUCGCCGCUCCAUCCUCCCCGCCGUCGCCUCUCCUUCCUCCCCACCGUCGCCUCUCCCUCCUCCCCGCCGUCGCCUCUCCCUCCUCCCCGCCGUCGCCUCUCCCCCCUCCCCGCCGUCGCCUCUCCCUCCUCCCCGCCGUCGCCUCUCCCUCCUCCCCGCCGUCGCCUCUCCCUCCUCCCCGCCGUCGCCUCUCCCUCCUCCCCGCCGUCGCCUCUCCCCCCUCCCCGCCGUCGCCUCUCCCUCCUCACCGCCGUCGCCUCUCCCUCCUCCCCGCCGUCGCCUCUCCCCCCUCCCCGCCGUCGCCUCUCCCUCCUCCCCGCCGUCGCCUCUCCCUCCUCCCCGCCGUCGCCUCUCCCUCCUCCCCGCCGUCGCCUCUCCCUCCUCCCCGCCGUCGCCUCUCCCUCCUCCCCGCCGUCCCCUCUCCCUCCACGCGGUUGCCUCUCCCUCCUCCCCGCCGUCGCCGCUCCUUGCUGA